UUGCAGCACCAAGCGCAGAGGCUGUCCGACUUGAGGAGCCUCCGGCACCAACGGGCUCUUUUGCCCCUCUUCCUUCAGCAAAGGGCCGUUUUAGAAGAAUGCACAGUGGACUUCUUAGAUUAACAUUUUGAGUAAUCCUCCAGAAGGAGAUAACGGUUAUUCCAGCUAGUAUUGGAUAAAAAAAAAACAUUAACAAAAAUGACAUUACAAAGAUUUUGGAUUUUUCUUCUAUUUGGUGCUCUAUGCAAUGCUGAAACUAAAUGCCCAGAUGUAUUAGACUGUCCGAUAGGCAUACAUUUUGUAAUCGACACAUCUGAAAGCAUUGCCUUACAGAUUCUUCCACCGGGUGGCUUAGUGAAUCAGAUCAAAAUCUUCACUGAGCAAUUUGUCAAGAAGUUGGAAGCUGAGACAUAUAAAAAUCACAUACAGAUUACCUUCGAGUUUGGUGGCUUGCACUUCUCAGACAGAGUGGAAAUCUUCAGUGAUAUCACUAAAGAUCCCAAUGCCUUCAUUUCUCGUCUCCGUAAUAUUAAAUACUUUGGACGGGGAACAUUCACAGAUUGUGCUCUAUCCAACAUGACAGACAAUAUGUUCAGGCACUCUUCCAAGGAAACCCGAGCUCGCUUUGCUGUGGUGAUCACUGAUGGACAUGUUACAGGCAAUCCAUGUGGUGGCAUCAAAUUGAGAGCUGAAAGAGCCAGAGAUGCAGGUAUCCGAUUAUUUGCUGUGCCUGCCACUAACAAUAAGUAUGAGUCUGGCCUGAGAGAGAUAGCCAACACUCCUGCUGAACUAUAUAGGAACAACUACUUGGCAAUCACUGAAGCAAACAACAUAAAUAUUGAGACCAUCAACAGGAUCAUUCAAGUUAUGAAACAAGAAGCCUAUUCAGAGUGUUAUAAAGUGACCUGUUUGGAAUAUGAAGGUCCACUUGGUGUAAAAGGCUACAGAGGUCAGAAGGGUGCUAAAGGAGAUAUUGGACAACCUGGCCCUCCUGGUGAAAAGGGGAGACAAGGCGACCCUGGUAUAGAAGGUCCCAUUGGGUAUCCUGGUCCAAAGGGACAUCCAGGUUUAAAAGGCGAUAAGGGAGAAAUAGGAGCUGAAGGAAAGAAGGGUGUUGCUGGUAUUUCUGGACGUAAUGGAACUGAUGGCCAAAAGGGUAGACUGGGAAGGAUUGGACCUCCUGGAUGUAAAGGAGACCCUGGUGACAAGGGACCUCCCGGUUAUCCUGGAGACGUUGGGGAAAGAGGGCAAUCUGGAGACCUAGGUGCUAAGGGGGAUGCUGGUCGACCUGGAAGACGAGGCCCAACAGGACCUCCUGGAGACUUGGGCCAAAAGGGGGAGAGAGGAGGUUCUGGAUUUCCUGGUCUUCCUGGACCUAAAGGAGCUCAGGGCGAGAGAGGGGGAGAAGGACCCAAAGGAGAGCAGGGGCGAAGAGGUGACCCAGGACAAAAGGGAAGCCCCGGAGGAAAAGGUGCCAAAGGGGAUAAGGGCGAUCCAGGUCCUGAGGGUCAGAGAGGUCUUCCUGGAGAAGUUGGAAAUAAAGGUUCUAAGGGAGACAUUGGGCUGCCAGGUCCAAGAGGUCCACCAGGAGCAUUAGGAGAAUCUGGAAAAAAUGGCUCACGGGGAGACCCAGGAGAUGUUGGACAAAGGGGAGACCCAGGCUCACCAGGGCCAAAAGGUGACAGAGGAAGAACUGGACUCAGCUACCCAGGUCCACGUGGAACCAUGGGUGAACUUGGGGAGAAAGGCAAUUCUGGGCCUCAGGGUGGCAGAGGUGAAUAUGGAUUGAAAGGAGCUCCAGGGGUUAAAGGAGAAGAUGGGAACUCGGGUGAUCCUGGUCCUGCAGGAGAACCAGGGCCACGUGGUCCUAGAGGAGAACCAGGGCAAGUAGGUGAUCCUGGUCCAGCUGGCGAUCCUGGUUUAUCGGAUUGUGAUGUUAUGACCUACGUCAGAGAGACCUGUGGGUGUUGCGACUGUGAGAAGCGUUGUGGUGCCCUGGAUAUUGUGUUUGUAAUUGACAGCUCAGAAAGUGUGGGCCUUACCAACUACACACUUGAGAAAAACUUUGUCAUCAACACAGUCAGCAGACUGGGCUCCAUUGCUAAAGAUCCAAAAGCUCUUUCAGGAACUCGUAUUGGUGUUGUCCAGUACAGCCAUGAGGGCACUUUUGAAGCUAUCCAGCUUGAUGAUCCACGCAUUGAUUCCCUGUCUGCCUUUAAAGAUGCCGUGAAGAAGCUCCAGUGGAUUGCAGGUGGCACAUGGACUCCCUCUGCCCUUGAGUAUGCCUACAAUCAAAUGAUCAGACAGAGCAGGCGUGACAAAGCUAGAGUGUUUGCGGUUGUUGUUACUGAUGGCCGUUAUGACCCUAGGGAUAAUUCUGCCCUUCUGACAUCUCUUUGUGAUAAAAAUAUUGUUGUCCAUGCAAUUGGAAUUGGUGACAUGUUCCGCCGGAAACAGGAAAGUGAGAGUUUGAGGGACAUUGCCUGCCCAAGUGGCAAUGUUACCGAGAUGUCAAACUUUGUCGAUUUGGUUGCUGAGGAAUUCAUUGAUGGAAUGGAGGAAAGACUGUGUCCAGAACCAGUUAUUGUUUGCCCAGAUCUUCCGUGUAAAACAGAGCUUGCAGUUGCUCAUUGCACCCAGCGUCCAGUUGAUAUUGUCUUCCUACUAGAUGGUUCUGAGCGAAUAGGAGAUGAAAACUUCCGACAUGCUCGCAACUUUGUGGAAGAAGUGGCUCAAAGGCUAACAUUGGCAAAGCAAGAUGAUGAUGACCUCAAUGCACGCAUUGCUUUUCUACAGUAUGGUGGAGAAACAGAACAACAGAUAGCCUUCUCUUUGACCCACAACAUUACCACUAUAAUGGAUAGCCUGUCACAGGUUCGCUAUCUUGACUCCUCCUCCAAUGUGGGCUCAGCUAUCAUUUAUGCCAUUAACAACAUUGUCAACCAACAGGGAGGUAGGCAGAAGGCUGUUAGACGCAAUGCAGAGCUCUCGUUUGUCUUCAUCACUGAUGGAAUAACAGAUAGCAAAAAUCUUGCGGAGGCGCUGACUUCUUUGAGGAAAGCAGAUGCAAUGUCAACAGUGAUUGCUGUUGGGAGUGACGUGGAUUCGGAGGUUCUUUCACAGCUUGCGCUUGGAGACCGGGCAGCUAUCUUCAGAGAGAAAGAAUUCGCUCUGCUCUCUAGACCUGGCUUUUCUGAUCGAUUCAUUAGGUGGAUUUGUUAGUGGGAGGCACUGAAUAUAAAUCGUAUUUACCAAAUGCACACAUAGGUGAAAGAAAUAUGAUUACAUUUAGUCUUUUACCGAUUUAUUUAAGAAGGGUUUUCUCUCACAGUUAGGCAUUAAAACGUGCAAAUAAAAGUUUCCUUUUCUAAAAUUGAGAGUCAUUUUAAUUAAAACAUUUGCUGGCAAGUUUUAUUUUUUAGGCUUCAGUGUCAUUUUAGACAAAACAGGAUCAUAGGUUCAUGAUUUUGUUUUUUUUUUUUGUUUUUUUGUGCAUCCAAGUAUCAUUCAGAGAUUUCCAGGUUAUUUUAUAGAGUUGCUCUCCUUAUAUGAGUUGAUUUUCUCUAACCAUUCAAGAAAACAUUGCCAUACUGUCUUUUAUUAAUUUUAUGUUUUGAAAUUGAAACAGAUGUUGUCAAUUGAGCGUAUUAAGUGACAGAUUUUAAUUCAAGUCAAUUAUAAAUAAAGGUUACAUUUUUGUACUAGGGUCUCCCCCUUCUUUGCCAGUUUACUGUAUACAGCAUUGAUUAUAGAGUAUGGUCAAAGUAAAAGCAUGGAACCAGGGAAAUAUCUUCUGAAAACGUACUUUAGAUUGGACAUACCCAUUUCGACAUCCAACACUGAUGUUUGUUAACUAUGUGACAGCAGUUUGCGACAACAUACACAUACCUGAGCAGCACUACACAGUCAAAUAUUAAAGUCUUAAAUUUGAAAAUGUCCUCAAAAUUUUUGCUAUGUUUGUUUUAUAUGACAUCUUCUGACUAAAGUGUCCUAUGUAAUAUAAUCCUUUAAUGAGUGAAAUUUAACCAGCGACAAGACCAGAAAAUGUGACAUGGUUGGUUGGCCCUUGAAAGAACUAAGUGGGCAAGCCACUGACUGUCCCUGGGGCUCGAUUCAUUUAUGAUUGAUCUAAUUUCAGAGGGGGGAGGUUUCCACUUUGACGAUCAGCAGCUCGUUUAAAUCACAAUCGAUAUAAAGUUAGUGGCGAAGGGGUAGCCUUUAGAAUUGAGCAGAUAAAAUAAUUAAUAAUUGACAGAAGUUAAAUAAAAGAAUUUGGGGGAAACCACUUUCUGAAGAUCUGACAUCCCCAUAACUUUGCCCUUGCGUUUAAUAUUUCAGAAAAUACACCUGUAUCACUGUCAUAAAAGCAUGUUAAUAGUAGUAGUACACAGUUCUAUCCAUUUGCUACUAUAAAACUGGAGAAAGGUCACCCUAGGGCACAUUAUGACGCAUAUUUAGGGUCUGUGCAUAUUACUAAACAGUAUCCUGUUGUCAUUUCUUUAUUGUCUCCCAUUCAUCACUAUCCUUGUCAAUAGUGAUUACGACGGAGACUUUAACUCAAUAAACUUGACUGAACGGUAUGCUGCUAAAAUCUAAAAUUUUAAAUUGGUCUGUUGUCUUGCAGGCCAAUUUCCUUUCUGAUUCCCAAGGGCUUAUUUCUGUUAGGGGUGACACAAUGGUUAGUGCUGCUGUUUUACAUCCAGUUACAGUAUGUGUUGAGUUUGCCUGCUCUCCCCUAGUUUAUUUGGGUUUUACACAGGAUACUGUGGCUUGCCUCCCACAACCCAAAGAUGUGUGAGUUUAUUUAAUUGGCUAUUCUUGAACGGCCUCUGUGAAUGUACAAGAAUGGGCUCUGUGAUGGACUGGUGCCCCAUCCAGGGCUAGUUCCUGCCUUGCUUCCAUUGCUGCCAAGAUAGACUCUGGCCCCUGUGCUGCCCUGCAUUGAGUUGGUUAUGUUAUAUUAUUGUAUUCUUUGUUAUUACUUAAUUCAUUUCACCUCUUUUAAACACAAUAUUGUGUUAUAGCUACAUCCGUCCAAGUGUUUUCUGAAAUCCACUUUGACCCCUGAAAUAUUGCAUGCCUUAUGGUACAUUUAGUUUUUCUACACAUUCAAAGUAAAUCACAUUCUAAAUUUAUUUAGUCUGCUUUCAUGAAGAUAGAAUGCUAAACUCUGUGCUCAACUUUAAAUGAUCACUUUUCAUGUUAUGUUAAUUGAUGCCUUUGAAUGAAAACAAUGAACUGCUUAUUACAUUCUGAGCUCCUGAUAUCUUUUAAUGCCAAGUUAUUCUUUGUAAAAAUUCAAUUGAUUCAGCUUGCUCACAUUAGUAAAUCUUUUCCACUUAUCAACUUACAUUUUAGUACAUUAUAUAUAUACAUCUAUACACACACACACACAUACAUAUAUAAAUAUAUAUAUAUAUAUAUAUAUAUAUAUAUAUAUAUUGCAUUUUGGGGUUUUAGAAUUCUUUGUAUUGUACAAGAACUCAAAUGGGAUGAGUAAUCAUCUUCACAAUCACAAUCCCAAGUAGUCACUUGAUCUGCUCUGGCUUGACUGGGUAAGACUGUUGCUUUUUGCUUUCAAUGCAAAGUGAGGACCAAACAUUUGUCCCACGUGCCAAGUGGUGACUGAGGGCCAUCUGUGUGAAGAGACCCUCAUAAUGCUAGCUUUGGCAAAAUCUCCUAGCUUUGAUAUACCUCUUGGAAUGAAAAAUAUUUAAGCACGUCAAAACAUGUGAAACAGCUCAGGCAUGCAUGGCACAAAAACAUUUGCACAGUAAUUGAAUUAUGGGCAGUGACAUUUUAUUGUCAGAUAAUAUCAAUCAUAAAAACCCACAAAUGUUCUUGGAAACAUAUUUCUGAUUUAUAAAAGCAAGUGAUGCUGCAAUUCAUUUAUUUACACCCUAUAAGCAAUGAAAUGUAAACCAUAUGAAUGAAAAUAUCAUUACUUUGAAAAUACAGGUAAAAUUGUAACUUCAGUAAGUCUUUAGAAAUGGUGCUUCUUUGAUUAAAUACUAUUAUACUGAAAGGCAAGUGUCUGCUAGUCAUAAUAGUUUGCACUUUAUUUAAAAAAGCAGAGUUUAAAGUGUGCUCAGACUUCCACAUAAUAUAAAAAUUGGUUUACCUAAAGUGGUGUCUUGUUAGUCAACUAAUAAUUAUUUUGGGUAACUUUAGUUUUACAUGGAAUCUAUAGACACAACUUUUUCGCACCUAAACUCCCAUCAUUUAUGUUUCUGAAAGGCUUGAAGUGCAUCGUUUGUAAACUUGUGUCUUUUUCUUUAAGAUUGGGAUUUUCAGAAUUAUUAGUGUUCAUAAUGUGACUUGUAAGAGGAUAACUGGAUAAUUUUUUGUCACAAAGAAUUCAAACCUUUAAAGAGAAAGAAAUACCUAUUUCUAACCUUCAGAUAAUGCAGGGUAUAUUUGACAUUAAUGAAUAACCUGUUGUAAAGUGAUCAUGGUUAGCAUUUCAGCAGAUGAAUAAAUGUCUUGACUCAGUGAUCUGCCUCAUUUCUAAGUAAAGCUUUGGUUUAAUUCCUAAUGCUCAAUAAUGCAUUCUGGAUAGAGAACCUAGUCAGACUCACACACGGUGUUCAAAUAAAAUGUAUUUCUUACUUGUU